GGGACGCGCCGAGCGCAGGAGCACGACGACGGCUCUGCGCCGCGCUGGCCUCUCGCCAUGGCCCCCUCCGCGUUUAACCCCCCCGUGGGCACGAAAGGAACCCUUCUCCUCUUCCUCUUCGGUCUGGCGAGCGCCGCGCCGCGCCUCGCCCGCCUCAACUGCUGGUUCGUGGAGGAGGCCGGCGGCGGCGGGUCGGUGAUGCCCAGCGCCCUCCGCCAGCGCCCCGCCCUGCUGCUGCUGCCCCCGCCGGGGAGGCGCCUGGAGGAGCGCGACCUGGAGCCCGAGCUGCCCCCGGAGGUGGAGUCCGGCCUGGCCUUCCAGAUCCUGGACGCCUCGGGGGUCCUGUGGGGCGGCCGAGACCCCAGCGCCGAGCCUCUCUGGCCGGAGGCCGAGGCCACCAGCACGGGCGUGCGCACCUGUGAGAUCAACGCCUACCUGCCGCAGGAGGCCCACGUGGCCUGGGCCGCGGGGCUGGUGGGCCAGAGGGGGUGCCCGCGCACCCUGGAAGCGGGGCAGUGGUUCAUCGCCACCCUGCAGAGCCCCAUGGCGGGAUACGGCGUCAGCAGCAUCAUGAACCAGGGAAGGCCUCUGGUGGGGAAGCAGACGCUGGAGAACAGCCCGAUCACCACGGUGACAGCGGUCCUGUCGGUCUUCUCGUGGACGCCGCGGCUGCAGGCCCGGGUGGGCCAGGACGUGCUGCUGGACUGUGGCUUCUCGGGCCCGGAGGCGGCCUUCUCGGUGGAGUGGCGGCACCAGUACAGCGGGGCCGGGCACGUGGUGCUGGCCUACGACGGGGCGGCCCGGCGCAUCACGGUGGCCGAGGAGGGGGCCCAGCUCUUCCUGCAGCCCGGCGGCGGCGGCAGCAGCAGCAACGUCUCGCUGCACCUGCAGAACGUCCGCCCGGGCCAGGAGGGCACCUACAUCUGCACCGUCUACCUGCCGUACCUGCACGCCCAGCAGGCCAUGGAGCUGCAGGUCGUGGAGCCCCCCAAGGUCACCUUCCGCCCCACCCCGCUGACCCUGGCCCCCAGCGCCCCGGCUGAGCUGGCCUGCGAGGUCUCCGGCUACUACCCGCAGAGCGCCUCCGUCACCUGGAUGAGGCGGGACCCCCACGGCUCCUCGGACGUCAUCGCGGACAGCUGGGAGACGGGGCACCGGCAGUCUCCCGACGGCACCUACAGCUUCACCAGCUUCGCCCGCCUGCCGCCCAUCCGGCCCGAGGACCACGGCGCCUCCUACAGCUGCCACGUGGCCCACGCCGGGCUGGGCGACGUGGGGCUGAGGAAGGCCGCGAAGCUGCGCGUGGCAGGCCAGUCGGGGCCCUCCCUGGAGGACGCCAUCGGACUCUUCCUCCUGGCCUUCCUGCUCUUCGGGGUCCUGCAGCUGCUCUUCCGGCACGCCGCUGGAGAGACCACCAAGACUGAGAAACUGGAGUGAGCUGGGCCUGGAGCUCAUGUCGGGUCUCUCGGACCCCCCGGAUGGAGGGAAGAGGUUGGCCGCCGCCGGGUCCUUCUGCUGCCCCCCCCAAAGGCCUCUUUCACCCCCCUCCAUUUGCGGUGCUUUCAGGGGGAGCCCCUCUCCCCUCUUUGGGGCAACCUCCGAUUGUGUGUCUCCUGGCUGCAAAUGCCCCGUUGUGAGUGGGGGGGGGGGGCAGCCGAGAAGCCCUCCCUCCCCGAACUGUGUGCCUGCUUCUGCCCCGGCAGCCCCUCGGAAGUGUUGGCAGAGUCCCUGAGCCGAAUGCAGAGCGCGGGGCAGCUUUCCGGACCACCUGGCCGGUUCUCCGACUUCACCUCUGCGCUGCACCUGCCUGGACAUGGCCUGCGGGGGCCCCGCCAUCCCCGCUGCGGAAAUGGCGGAUCGGCCCCCACGGAGAGCUUGCAGGCGUGCAGUGGGCCAGGGAGCGGACCCAUGAAACCCAGCUUCCCACCGGGUAGCACUCUGCACGUGACUCCGGGCAGCCCCACUUCAGCUGGGGGCACUACGGAAGAUGGGGGCGAAUUCCCCACACCGGGAAAACAAGGAGCUUGGUGUCAGGACCUCGCACUUGUGACUUUCUCCAGUCUUGUGCAGCCCAGAUCUAAGCCGAUUCCCUCAAUGAGAUCUAGCUGCUUAUGUUGGCCAGUUUUUUAUUUUUAAUGUUUGCCCACAACAUCACUGUGAUUCAUGUGGGGAAGUUUUGGAGACGGAUGGAUUCGUACCUCCUGCUCACCCACCAAAACGGCCCCCCAGCCCCUCCUUCCCUGCCCCGGCUGUCCCCGCUCUUGUUCCCACCUGAACGUAGCCAGCCCUAGUGGCACAGCAAGCCACGCCGUGGGCAAUAAACUUGGAAUGCCGA